AUGCAAGAAACCGCCUCCAAGUUGCUCGUGUGUUUGUUAAAGACAAUGUUAACAAGUGUGAUUACAAUGUUCCAGCUAAGGAACGAACAUGUUGGAAACUCACUAACCCCGACAGACACAAGACCGAGGAAAUGUGAUUACUUUGAAUGGAAAGAUGUUGCACUCGAAGAUGGUUACUACAAAAACCUCAUCUAUUCCAUGAAGCAACAGUUGGAUUCCAAAGAGGAUCUUGGUGUCAUAAAAAACUUGAGGACUAAGAAUGUUGAGUUGGAGUUUCUCCUGAGUAAGGAGAAGAGUCUAGUGGCAAGCAUGGAGAAGGGGAUGUGUGAUUCCAAGAAGAGCAUACGUAUGUACAAGUUGUUGGUAGUUGUUCUAAUUGUUGGGUAUCUCAUGUUUGUUUUGUUUUAA